CAAAAUUAAACUCAGUCCAGUUCCUUUCCUCCACUGCUGCCGCCGCCGCCGCCGACGGAACAUAAGGCCAGCCUCAGCUGCUCCACUACUUCUUCAAUCUGUGCAGGACCGAAAAUAAUGCUUUUCAUGAGGAAAUUGAGGCAUCAUCUGUUUUCUUUACUUACUAAUAGGGGUUAUAACUCCAUUCGGAUUUCACACCUCCAAAUUCCGGAGGGUUGGAGUCGCGUAAGAAUCUAUGAGCCUCUUGGCUACUCUUUGUGGUGCUCGAGUUUUAAAACUGGUGUCUUGGUAGACCUGAACAGAUUCGCGUAUGCAACUCGAUUUUUUGCGAGUAUGACUGGAACGAUCUUGGUCCAGGCUCGAGACCCUGCAAAACUGAGUCUGGAAAUAGAAAAUGCGGUUGAUGAGCGUAGAUAUGCUGAUGUGUGGAAGUUCUUUGAACAACACAUACAGAUGGAUGGGUUUCCUCGAAAAACUGUUGUGAACAAGGUUAUAACAAGUUUUGCUGGAAGCCUUGACAAUACAUGGCUUGAGAAGGCUUAUGGGGUGGUGGAACAAGCCUUUGAGGAAAGUAAACAGAAUUUGUUUGAAAAGGAACCUUUGAUUUAUCUCUCUCUCGGUUUGUCUAAAUGUGGUUUACCAGUUCCUGCAUCAACUGUUUUGAGGAAGCUGGUAGCAACAGAACAAUAUCCUCCUGUGAGUGCCUGGUCUGCAAUCUUGGCCCACAUGUCGCUUACAGCUUCUGGAGCUUACCUUGCAGCUGAGUUGAUUCUUGAGAUAGGUUAUUUAUUCCAAGAUGGGAGGGUAGACCCCCGUAAAAAGAGCAAUGCACCUUUGAUUGCUAUGAAGCCUAAUACUACUGCUUUCAAUGUUGCUUUGGCUGGAUGUCUCUUGUUUGAGACAACAAGAAAAGCAGAGCAGCUCCUUGAUGUGAUGCCUCGAAUCAGUGUGAAAGCAGAUGCAAACUUAUUGAUUAUAAUGGCACACAUAUACGAGAGAAAUGGGCGAAGAGAAGAGCUAAGGAAGCUUCAAAGACACAUAGAUGAAGCUGUUCACCUAAGUGAUAUUCAGUUUCGACAGUUCUAUAAUUGUUUGCUUAGUUGCCAUUUGAAGUUUGGGGAUCUUAAUUCUGCUUCCAAAAUGGUUUUACAAAUGAUUCAUAAAGCAAAGGAAGCACGGAAUUCACUUGCUGCUGCUAUACUAUCAUUUGAUGCUGUUGGCAAUAAUAAUAAUAAGCCCGCUUCAGUGCAAAUUUCUGGUGAAAAUCUGAGUCAUGGAAUAUCAGAUGGUUUAGAUAAUAGUAGAAUAAUAGAAAACUCUAUAGUUUCUUAUGAAGAUUUCACUAGAGACCGAAAGUUUACCAAUCUUGAUGCUGAAGCAAAGAGAAUACUUCAAACUUUGUUAGCUAAGUUGCAGACACGGGUUGAAUUGAUUACAACUGAGCAUGGUAUUCUCCAACCAACUGAAAGAAUUUAUGUUAAAUUGGUUAAGGCUUUUCUAGAAGCUGGCAAGACAAAGGAUUUGGCUCAUUUUCUUAUUAAGGCAGAGAAAGAAGAUUUACUUGUUUCCCAUGAUGAUUUGGCAUUGGAUCAUGUCAUUAAUUUAUGUAUAUCACUUGGGUGGUUAGAUCAGGCACAUGAUCUUCUUGAUGAGAUGCGUAUGGCUGGGGUCAGAGCCAGUUCCUCUGUGUAUGCUUCCCUCUUGAAAGCAUAUAUUGAAGCAAAUCGAGCAGGAGAAGUCACAGCACUUUUACGAGAUGCUCGUAAUGCUGGAGUGCAGCUAGAUUCAAGCUGUUAUGAAGCACUAAUCCAAUCCCGGGUUAUUCAGGAAGAUACCCAGGGAGCUUUCCAUCUUUUCAAAGAGAUGAAAGAGGCUAAAAUCCCAAGAACUGGUCAUCAAGAAUUUGAGAGGUUGGUGAAAGGAUGUGCAGAGAAUCGUGAGGCAGGGAUGAUGGCAAAGCUCUUGCAAGAAAUAAAGGAAGGGCAGAGAAAUGACUGUGGUGUUCAUGACUGGAAUAAUGUUAUCCAUUUCUUCUGUAAAAAGAGGUUGAUGCAAGAUGCUGAGAAGGCUUUGAAGAAGAUGAGAAGUCUGGGCCAUCUCCCAAAUGCACAAACUUUCCAUUCUAUGGUCACUGGGUAUGCUGCUAUUGGGGGGAAAUAUACUGAGGUAACGGAGUUGUGGGGUGAAAUGAAAUCUUUUGCUUCUUCCACCUCAAUGAAGUUUGAUCAAGAACUCUUGGAUGCUGUACUUUAUACAUUUGUGAGGGGUGGAUUUUUUGUUCGAGCAAAUGAAGUUGUGGAUAUGAUGGAGAAAGGGAAUAUGUUUAUUGACAAAUACAAAUAUCGAACCCUCUUCUUGAAGUACCACAAAACACUAUAUAAGGGCAAGGCUCCCAAAUUCCAGACAGAAUCCCAACUUCAAAAGAGAGAAGCAGGAUUGACCUUUAAGAAGUGGGUAGGCUUGUAUUGAUGAAACUUUUUGAGCUUCAACAUGUUUUCAAAAGAUAUGACUCAUCGAGACUUCAAAGUUGUAGAAGCUCUCAAGAGAAAUAAAUUGUUCACUGACAAAGCUGCAUAGAAAUAAUUUAAAUGAAAUCAAAGCAGUGGCGAGAGAGUUGAAGAUAGUGCUAAAAAGAGAAAUCUGAAAUCAAUGAAGAAGAUAACGCAUUGCUCUCAAAUUUGAAAUAUGCAAGGAGUGGGAGCAACAGGAGCAGGGACAUGUUUCUAGACCCUGAGAAGCAUUUGAGCAGGGUUUGGUCUAGGGAUAGAGAAGCUCCGGCUUGAAAGAAGAGUAGGAGACUGAUUUGCAUAAACUGGAUCGAAAGUGAAAUAGCUAAUUUGACAUAUGUUGCUGUAAACCGUGGCACAGAUGAUGACCAAGAUUAUUCUGAUCAAAGGAUUCAUGAAGCAGCUUAUUGCUGCCCUUGGCGGAUGGACCUUUGGAUAAGGACAUCACAAAUUGCCGUAGCACAUGGACAAAUACUUGAAGGUGCGGUUCUAUUUGAAAGCCUACUCCUUCCAAUGUAUAGAGCCAUAACAUUCAACUUCUGCAAUCAUCUUCAUUUCAUGAAAUUCUGGAAUUUUAGGUUCCAAAAUUGGUCUAUUGCAUUACAUAGUACAUGGUUUGAGAUUUUUACGUUGUCACAACAAUAAGAUGGAAAAAUCUUCAAUCCCCUCCAAGUUCCAACAAUGCGUGGGCUUUGGUUUCACGGGUAAUAAAGUAUCUAUAUCAUAAGCUUAUAAUU